GCUGAAAUAUCAAAAUAUCAACAAAUGCAAAGUAAAGUAAUAGUGCAUGUGUGAGAGACCAAGUAGUGACUGUAGCCUAGCCUGAGCUACUGCAGCAUAAUGGAUGACCCCUCUCCAGAUUCUAGGAAGGCCCAGGUAAAGGAACUGGAGCAAAUUGUCAAGAAACUUCAACAAGAAAACGAGCAGCUGCUCAACAAGGUCUCUACAAGUAAUCUUGCUCCACAAUUGAAGCCUGUUGAGUCAGACGAGAUAGCCCUACUUGCUGACGACAACUUGGAAGAUAGCCUCUUGAAUCUCGAAGACAUAAAUCCCAGCACUCACUCUGAAGGAGAAUGGCUGUAUGUGUCUCCCAGACUGGCCCUCACUCCUGCACAGAAGAAACAAGCUCCACUGCAAUGGUUGUCCGAGGGCCAUGCUCAGAGGUUAGGAGAUCUUGAUAUCCCCUCUCUGGAUGAAGUCAGAAAAACGCUUGUGUUCAAUAUGGAGGAAGCAGAGACCAUAUCACAAACAGCACAUUCAAGGCCAAAUCAAAGCAAUAGCAAACCAAAUAAGUUCCCGAGUCGAGUGAGAGAAAGACCAUCAAAUUCCCCAAAUCAACAAAAUGGUGAUGACUUUGAGCGUUCAAGAUCUGAUGAACUAAACAUUAAAACAGAUAAUGGUGAUAAUAUAGUACCUGUGAUCAAGUGGAAGGCCAAAAUGCCCCAGGAGGAGAACGAAGAUGUUCCUGUAGUUAAAUGGAAAGCUAAAAUGCCCCAGGAAGAGAACGAAGAUGUUCCUGUCGUUAAGUGGAAAGCUAAAAUGCCCCAGGAGGAGAACGAAGAUGUUCCUGUCGUUAAGUGGAAAGCUAAAAUGCCCCAGGAGGAGAACGAAGAUGUUCCUGUCGUUAAGUGGAAAGCUAAAAUGCCCCAGGAGGAGAACGAAGAUGUUCCUGUAGUUAAGUGGAAAGCUAAAAUGCCCCAGGAAGAGAACAAAGAUGUUCCCGUCGUUAAGUGGAAAGCUAAAAUGCCCCAGGAGGAGAACGAAGAUGUUCCUGUCGUUAAGUGGAAAGCUAAAAUGCCCCAGGAGGAGAACGAAGAUGUUCCUGUAGUUAAAUGGAAAGCUGCUAAAAUGCCCCAGGAGGAGAACGAAAAUGUUCCUGUAGUUAAAUGGAAAGCUGCUAAAAUGCCCCAGGAAGAGAACGAAAAUGUUCCUGUAGUUAAAUGGAAAGCUGCUAAAAUGCCCCAGGAAGAGAACGAAAAUGUUCCUGUAGUUAAAUGGAAAGCUGCUAAAAUGCCCCAGGAAGAGAACGAAAAUGUUCCUGUCGUCAAAAGAAAAGCAAGAGUACCUCAAAAUAGUACUCAACCAAGACCUCAAGGACAAAACAGAGCACCCCCUAGAAGCACUGUGAAAAGAACUGAAGCAGCACCCACAAGUAGUGAGGUAAUACACAGCGAGGAAUCUGACUUAAAUAGAAGUAGUGAAUUUGAGAAACGAAAUCUGAAAGCUCCUUCACAAAAUGGACUCCGACAACCACAUAGUCCAUCUCAAUCCCCUGCACGUUUCCAGGGUCGUCUCGAGGCAGGCAGAGGCCUAAAGAAACCUUCAGGACAGUCCCUUCGACACCGAUCACCCUCACCCCCUACUGGAGGAAAAAGGCAACUCGCAAGACCUACAGCAUCCUCUCCCUCACGGCGCAGCUCCUCUCCUGGCAAGAGCAAACUGGGCCACCCUGGAGGCAGUCCCAACGCAGCUCGGAGACAGCUACAAGGGCCAGGAUCUCCCUCGUUGGCUAAACAUCCUACCGGUCUACCAACAGGCCCCAAGAGACAAGAUGGAGGUCAGAGAAUGUCACGUUUACAGGCCCACAACGAAGGGAAGCAGGUCGUAACCCCUCCUCAAAAUGGAGGAAUAAAAACUCCUAGUUCAUCUGGUAUUCGUGGUCUGUCACCGCUGGGCUCAGGGAAGAGGGGAUUAACUCCACCGAAAGGGACUACAGGUGUCAAACCACCAAGACGAAUAUUGCCUUCAACCCCUUCAUCAGCUCCACAAAGGUCACAGCAGCCAGGAGCUGAAAAGGAAGCUGACGGUUGGCUAGAAGGAUGUUUCUAGAUGUGUACUCUAAGUCAUAUUUUACAGGAACAGGACAAAGGCAUACAAUAAAUAUUUAUGAUUAUGUAUUAUGUCAUGUUUUAUUCACUGAAUUACAAUAAUAAUGUUUCUCCUGUUGUUCAUUAUUGCAUGUAUGUAUAUUUCAUUAUUAAUAACAAUAACGACA